GAUUUUGUUUUUAAAAAAGACAUGCAACAUUUGUUUACGUAUCAGUUGUCAAGCUAAUGUAAACAACAUGGCGGCGUCCAUGUCAUUCGUGACUGGGUUUUGACAACACACAGUCGGAGAUUUGGACGGGGCACGUACUCCUUGAAAACGGAAUUGCGAUUAACCAGCAUUGCCAGUCCAGAUGAGCAGACUUGAUGUGGAUUACGCUCCGGCUUUAAGAGGAAUGUCAAAAAUACCCAGAUUUCAACCUCAGUCACAUCCCCUACCCCCUCUAGAGGCUAACAAUGAAAGGGGGCCAGGGCAGAAACCCUCUCGGCUUCAGCAACUACAGUCAAAUUACCAACAGAAAAUACUCAGGGAAAAGGAGGAAAAACUGAUCAAUAUGUAUGAGGAAAAUCAGAAAAGAGCUCUGCAUAGAGUACAGGCCAAAGGCUCCAUGAGAGAUUUCUUCAAACAGAGAAGAGAGAUUGAGCAGAAUGGCAAUAUCCAGCAUGUACCAACGAUCAAUAAUCAUUACAAGAUGAUAAAACAGAGUGGUCAAUCUCAAAACGGAGGAACUUGGUCUCCAAACAAUGGUAGUAGACAACAUUCAGGAACUUCGGUUAAAUCCAUGGGGAGAGAUAGGGGGAAUCCAUUGGCUCCUAUUGAUCGUAAUGCUACAGUUCCCCAGAAGCCUCAAAGACAUGGGCGCCCAAGUACCAAGGAUUCCGUUGUUGAAGACAAGAAGAAACAAAUGAAUGGUUAUCAUAAGAAUGUUCCUUCAAGGACUGGUUCCUAUCGGUCUGAAAAAUCUCCAGUUGAUGAAACACCUCCUCCAAACAUAUCAAACCUGAAAAACAUCAAAAAUCAAAAAAUGAACAGAUCUGGGAAACCUCCAUCAGGGAAUUCACAGCAAGCCAAAAUGACAGAAUUCCAGAAAUGGCAGAUGGAACAAAAUCAAGAGAGAGAGAAUCGACUGAAUGCUCACCGGCAGGAAAACUCUGGGUAUGAGUACGAACCCAGCGAGGAUGAGGGAGAUGAAAAUGAUAACACCACCAAUUCCCAGGAUGAGAUUGCGAGGAAACAGCGAGAGUUGAUGGAACAAAUUGCCAGACAACAGGCUGACCUGGAAAGAAUCAGAGUGGAGAGGGAAAGGGAAGAAAUUGAGGAAAAGAAAGAAAUGGAAAGAAGAAAAAAAAGAGAAGAGGAAAGGCGAAGAAGAAUGAAAGAGGAGGAAGAACGAAGGAGAAAAGAGGAGGAGGAGAGAAAGAAAGAGGAAGAGGAAUUCCAGAGAAGACUUGCUGAAACUGAAGCGAACAAGCCAAAAUACAAUGCCAGGCCUCAACAUCAGGAAGAAGACUUCUAUACCUCAAGCAACAAAAUAGACAGCACAUAUAGGAGGUAUUCUCCAGAGGAGCAGUACCAACCCACCCCUCCACCAAAGCCUAAACCAGCCAGGGUCCAGAAAAGGCAGCAGCCCCCCAAACACCCUGCCCCCGUUGAGAGAACCCCUUCCCCACAGUUCGCCACCAACGAUAUUUCAAUGUAUGAGAAAGCCAGUCAGGAUGCCGAUGCUUAUGCAGAUAGCAAGAUCAAACUAGCAACCUGCAACAACUGUGGGAGAAAGUUUGCAGCUGACAGAUUACAGCGUCACAAGAAUGCCUGUGGAAACUUGACCAAAAAACGCAAGGUGAUGGAUCCAACCAAGAUGAGAGUAGCCGGAACAGAAAUGGAGAAUUACGCUGAUAGUCGAAACAGAUCCAAGACUCCUCCAAAAAAGAAUGGUGAUUGGAGAAAAAAGAGAGAGAGUUUCAUCCAAGCUUUAAGGUAUGCCAAGAAAUGUGCAGAAAUUGAGAAAACGGGAGGAAGCAUUCGAGACAUAACACCUCCACCCCCCUCAGAAAAUCCCGACUACAAGCAGUGCCCCUAUUGCUCCAGAAAGUUUAAUCCUGAUGCUGCUGCAAGACACAUACCUAGAUGUAAAGACCUCAAUACUCGUCCUCCCCCGGCAAGGAAAGGGAGGCGAUAAAGGAGUGCAGUUUGAAAGUAUGCGUAACCUUAAAUAACCCUUUUUUUCCCACUGGUUUUUAUUGUGUGUUUAUAAAUGUCUUUGCAGAGGAGUAUAAAACAAAGUGUGACAGUGCACAAGUUGAAUGAUGUUUAAUUGGCUGAUUCUUUAUAGAUGUCUGAAUAAAAAUUGCAUUUGCUUUUAGAAUGAGAGAUUAUUUUAUUUUUAAGAUUUCAGAAGUGCUAUUUUUUUUCAAUUGAAAUUAUUUGGUGGUUUUUUUUCUUGUAUUUGAAAGUGGUAAACAUAAAUCAUGAGUGCAGCAUUCUGUGCUGUAUAAAUACAAAUGCAGAUUUUUUUUCCCCAUAAUUUUUUAUUUAAGUUUUUAUUGGACGUGUUUAUAUAUUUAGACAUGGAGCCACAAUCUUUGCCUGUUAUUGCCAAUAUCAAUAAUUUAUAAGCUUCAUAGUUAAAAGAAAUUUAAUGUACAUGUCAUUUCAAUUUAUAAAAUGUAAUGACAAUUUUAAAUCAUGUGUAGUUCCUAUCCUAUAUGAUCAAAAAUAUCAAUUUAUAAGAGGGAGAAGGGGGGGGAUUAGGGGCAAGAACAAUAAAAUUUUUGGUUGAAAUUAAAUACUGUUUUAAUGAUCAUAAAUAAUGCAAAUUUUAAAUUUGACAAAGAUUGUACAAUGUACAUUCAUUUAUUUCAUUGCAAUACUAGACAUUUAUCUGAACAUUACAUUCAUUGUUUGUAAAAUUUGUACAGUAUUAUUGUACGUACAUUUUAUUUCAUUCUUGGUUAUGCUGAUAUAAGUCAUCAAGUGUAUGUCUUUAUGUUUAUUUCAGUUGUACUCAAGGUUUUAUUUUAAUUUUCAUAAAUAUUUCUAUGAUUAUAUAUGAUUUUAUUAUUAUCAUAUUAUAAUAAAAAAUCUUUUUACAAAUGAAAUCUGCUGCACUUCAAAGAUGCACAAAAGAAUUAGUCCCAUGAAAUUGUGAUAUAACUUGAUGUUUUUGAGAUUGUAAAAUAUAUAUACAAUGUACAUUUCAAUUCAUAUAUACCAAUUAAACCAAUUGUGGAUGCAAAAGUUAUGCAUUUAAAAACUUUUUUGUAUAGAAAAACAAUUUUAGAAUAUAAUGCAUGUUAUUUUGAUUUUGACCAAACAUGUGUUCCUAGGAAGACAAGAGCUUGUUAUACAACAGUUAAAUUUUUAUUAAUAUUUGAAUUUUUGAAAUAAAUUUCAUCAAUGUGA